AUGGAUGAACAUCACAAUAAUGAUAAUCAUCAUCAUCAUCUAGGUGUGAAUAAGAUGGGGAAAAAUAUCCGUAAAGAACCAUCAAACCAGCAAAAUCAACAACAAAAUCCUCAAGCUUUGGUUUAUAACAUCAACAAGACCGACUUCAGAUCCAUUGUUCAACAGUUAACCGGACUUGGCUCAGCUUCUGCAGUCAAUCCUCCACAGUCAACAAACUCAAACCCGCCAAAACCUCCAAAUUCACGGUUGGUCAAAGUUAGGCCGGCUCCUUUGACUCAAGUCAACCGCCCUCCACCUCCACAUCCGGUUCAAUCGAAUCCAAUGGCCUCUGAACCGGUUCACCCUGUUAACCAAUUAUCAAUCAACCCGGCUGAAUCUCCAAUCUCGGCUUAUAUGCGUUACCUAAUCGAAUCAAGCCCUGGUGGGAACCAACCUCAACCACACAACCAAAACCCGGUUCAGCCAUCAACUGGUUUGUUUCCUUCACAUCAAACCGGUCCUAAUCCAAUGUUAUUCCAGUCUCCAGUUUCACAGUUUGUUCUAUCGCCGCAGCCUAGAUCGCCGUUUCCAUUGUUAUCACCCAAUUUCGCGUUUUCACCGCGGCUUUUUGGCGGUAACGAGUCUCUACCUCCGCCUUCACCAGGCUUUUUCUUCCCUUUGCUCAGUCCUUUAUGGAAAAAUCAAUAGCUUGAUAGUAGUGUAUAUUGAUAGUCUUGUAAACACAAUGUAACAUGUAAUAGGAAGACAAUCGCUCAGUUCGAUUUAUGUAUUCAGUUUGGAUUUAAUUUUGAAAUUUAACAACCUUUAUGUAAAAGAGCUAGUUAACAAUUUAUGUAAUAGUAAAAACAAUUUAUGUAAUAGUAACUAGUUAUGUUUUCAUGAAAAAAUUGCAUGUAUGUAUUACAUAAAGGUUAUUAAAUAGUUCUAUCGAAUUUUCAUGAAAAUAUUGAUAAAAAAAAUUGUUGCAUGUAUAUGUAUUAAGCCUAGAA